UUACGUUUAUUUUCACAUUUUCAACUUUUUUGCGCUUCUAUGUAUAUAUACUUCAAACAAAUAAUCCCUCUUGUUUCCUUCCUCUGCAUAUAUUCAAACAACUUCAUCAUAAUUCCAACCUUAAUUAACAUGAAGAAGCCACCAAUUCAAAACCUCACCAGACUCCACCCUAUGAUCAAAUUCAUCUUAGCCACCAUCUCAACAUUUUGUGCCAUCACCCUCUGUGUUUCAGUGCUACUCUUGGCCACAACAAAGAUAGUCAACGUUGACCAUUCAUCACAUCAUGUUUCUGACCCUACAACACUCAAUCACCUUGUGUUUGGAAUUGCCUCUAGUGGAAAAUCAUGGCCUAGAAGAAAAGAUUACGCAAAGCUAUGGUGGAAUCACAACAACGGAAUGAGAGGGUGUGUUUUUUUGGAUACUCUUCCAAGCAAUGAUACUAAUAAUUCUUCUUCUUCUCCUCUUCUUCCUCCUCUGUGCGUCUCUGAGGACACUUCGAAAUUUCGCUACACUUACCGGCGGGGAGGCCUCCGAUCCGCGAUCCGUGUGGCGCGUGUUGUUAAAGAGAUUGUGGCAUUGAACCAUUCUGAUGUGAGGUGGUAUGUGUUUGGUGACGACGACACGGUGUUCUUGCCGGAGAAUCUUGUGAAGAUUCUGUCAAAGUAUGAUCAUAGGCUUUGGUACUAUGUUGGUGCACACACUGAGAUGUAUGAAGGGUGCCAGGUUUUUGGUUUUGGAAUGGCCUUUGGUGGUGGCGGUUUUGCUAUAAGUGCUCCUCUGGCGAAAGUGCUAGCCAAGGUUUUUGAUUCUUGUAUAGAAAGGUAUACUCAUCUAUAUGGAAGUGAUGCAAGGGUCUACUCUUGCAUAACAGAACUUGGAGUUGGCUUAACACAUGAACCUGGUUUUCAUCAGGUUGAUCUAAGGGGAAACAUCUUUGGCCUAUUGGCUGCUCAUCCAAUGACUCCUUUGUUGUCCCUACACCAUCCAGAAGCCAUAGAUUCAAUAUUUCCCAACAUGACAGCAAAAGGAGCUCUUCAACACUUAUUUGAAGCUGUAAAGGUUGAUUCCCAAAGGGUGCUACAACAAACUGUUUGCUAUGACAAUGAAUCUUCAUGGACAGUUUCAGUGUCAUGGGGAUAUGCUGUCCAAGUUUUCCAUAACAACUUGCCCUUGCCAGAGGCAGUGAGAGUCCAAAAGACUUUCAAGCAGUGGAAGGAAGGAGGGAGUGUUGUUGGAGGAAUAUACACUUUCAACACAAGAGAGGUUCACCCUGAUCCAUGUACAAGACCCUCUGUUUUCUACCUAGAUAAGGUUUCUUAUGGUAAAGAUUUCUUCAUCAUAAGCAAUUACAAGAAAUCUUUUCAAAAUUGCUCACAUGACAUGCCAACUAAGAAACUUGAAGUGAUCAAAGUGGUCACAAAUAAGCUAGACCUUGGCAUCAAACAGUUGCAGAGUCCUAAGAGGCACUGUUGUGAUGUAUUGCGCUCCACAACAGGUGACAUGAUGGAAGUUGUAAUCAGAGAGUGUAAAGAUGAAGAAUUGAUUUAUAUGCACUGAUGGAUCACAAAAGAGUUAAACCUAUUUUGACAUAAAUUUAAU